CCCAAGCGGAGGAGACAAGACGAUGCGAAUGCGCCUACGGGCGCCGGACGAGCCCGAGGCGGAGAGCAACUACGACUUCGGCGACGAUAACGCCAGUGCGCCGUCUACGCCAGAGCGUAGUCUCCAAUUGCAGCCGUUGGAUGUACGCUCGCCUGAAUACAUCGAGGAACGGCUGGAAAACCUCAAGCGCCGCCCUAAGUGGGUGGACUUCCUGGAUCAGUACGUGCAGGAUCACUCAGACAGCGACAGCGAAAAUGGAGACUGGGAGGGCAAUUCGACAAUCGAUUCACCUGGCUUCAUCCGGUCGACACUCUGGUCGCUGUCAGUGGUGGCCUUCGCGCCGUUGCUGAUCCUCUGUUCCCCGUGUUUAAGGAACAAAAGCUACGGAUUCUGGCCGUUGGAGUGUCGCUCCAUGAACGAACUCUUCGGCUGUGCAGUGGCCAAUAUGAUUUUUAUAAUAUUUGGACUUGUGUUGCUCUACUGGACGAUCUGUCGAGACUUGCCAGACAUUUUUAAAGUGGACAAUACGUUGGUAAAGCUGAACGUACAGAUUGAUGAGAUGCAGCGAGCGGCAGAGACUUGUCACGCUGCGCUACUCCAGUGGGAAAGGACCGUCGCACAGGAGCUGUGCAUGCCUGUGGGUAUUGAUAUAGCACUAUUGCUGCUGAACACGUGGUUGCUACUACAUUACCAUAGACGAUGGGCGAGAUACCUCAUGGCGCUGAUGGCGGUGAUGUUUGUGGUGGAUGUGCCUGCCCAACUGUAUGACGCCACUUUUCCAGCACCGGAGAUUCACAAGAUAGACCCAACAUUCGCCCUGUUGGAUGAAGAACUGCUAGUUGCUUUGGAUGGGAAGAAUUUGAAGCCAGGAGGAAGCGUUGGUUGGGUAGCGUACUGGGGAUGCGCUACUACCUCGAGCGUUGACGCGUGCGAGAAGCAGUUUGUAUCCACGUUUGAAGCAGGAAACGUGGCCGUGACUUUCAAGUCGCUGGAUCAUUUCAUUCCGUGCUAUCGCGACCCUCCUAAUCCACUCAAAGCACAGGACUAUCAAGCAUUCCCGGUUGGUCACGAUCAAGUUUACAGGCUUUAUCUACUGCUCAAGUCGAAAGAGAUGAAUUAUCGCUGA